AUGGAAACCUUCGACAGCCAUGGCAGCACCUUCAUCUUCAUUUUCUCUCUCUACAUCCCUUUUCUCUCUCUAGCCACUGAUAUCAUCACUCCCACACAACCACUCGCCAUGAAUGAAACUCUAGUCUCGUCUCGUGAAGUUUUCGAGCUGGGUUUCUUCCAUUUCGGCAACAAUAAUCUGUAUCUCGGCAUUUGGUACCGCCAAAUUCAACCGAGAACGAUCGUUUGGGUAGCAAAUCGAGACGCCCCCAUUAAUUCAUCGUUCGGGAAGCUAAUAAUCGGCGACGAUGGCAACAUAGUCCUCGUAGAUCGAGCCGAAAUCGCAAUCUGGUCAUCGAAUCAAUCCGUACCGGUGAUCAACACGGUGGCGCAGCUUCUGGAUUCCGGUAACUUUGUCCUCCGUCGCGAAAAUGACGAGAACACGAAGAAUUACAUCUGGCAAAGCUUUGAUCAUCCGACGGAUACUCUAUUACCCCGGAUGAAGCUAGGGUUGAGCCGAACAACCGGAAUCAAUCGGGUUCUGAAAUCAUGGAAGUCCAAUAACAAUCCGGCUUCCGGCGAUUAUUCAUUCGGAAUCAACAUCCAUGGAUUCCCGGAGUUUGUGUUACGGGAUAAGGAAACGGUUACAGCCAGGACCGGGCCGUGGAACGGGAUAAUGUUUAGCGGUACACCGGAGAGGGAGGGGGUGAGCAUAGUAAACUUCAAUUUUCAGAACACCUCCGAUGAGAUUUAUUUUUCAUUUGAAACGGUAAACAGUUCUGUUUAUUCGAGAUAUCUCGUAAGUACUUCCGGCGACCUUCAACGUUUCACUUGGACGCCGGCCGCCGGCACCUGGAGUUUAUACUGGAAAUUCCCGUGGGAUAGAUGUGAUAACUACAACCGAUGUGGGCCGUUCGGCAUUUGUGAUGUAAACAGUUCUCCGAUCUGCAAGUGUUUGAGCGGAUUCCGGCCCGGGUCAAAUGGGUGUGUUCGUAGCUUCGGGUUGGAUUGCGGGUCGGACGGGUUUCAGCAGUUGAAGAACAUUAAAUUACCCGAGGGCUCGAAAGCAUUCAUUGACGAGACGUUGAAUUUGAGUCGGUGUGCCGAGCUUUGCAAACGGAAUUGUUCUUGCACGGCUUACGCUAAUAUGUAUGUUCCGUGGGGCGGGUCGGGGUGUGCGAUAUGGGUCGUGGAUCUUAUGGACAUGAGGCAGUAUGCCGAGUCCGAAAGUGGUGGACGAGAUAUUUAUAUUCGGGUUGCGGCUCCUGAUCUAGGCCACUUACCGACGGGCAAAAAAUCUAAAAAUGACAAUCGUGUUGUCAAAAUUGUCGCUAUUGUUGUCGGUAUUUUUGCAGGGCUAAUCACUCUAUUGAUACUCGUUUAUCUGAAGAGGAAGAAUACAGGACGGUUGAAGAAAUCUGUUACAUUAAGAAUAGGUCCACAAGAAAGAACCGAUGGCGAAACACAGAUUGAUGAACUCGACCUACCCUUGUUUGAUUUUACGACAUUGGUUAUAGCCACAAACAACUUCUCCGAUGCAAACGAACUUGGUCAAGGUGGAUUCGGGUGUGUUUAUAAGGGUACGUUACGUGGAGGGGAAGUCGUAGCUGUUAAAAGGCUCUCGAGAGUUUCACAUCAAGGGAUCGAGGAACUUAAAAAUGAGGUUGAAUUAAUCGCGAAACUCCAACAUAGAAACCUCGUUCGGCUACUAGGUUGUUGCAUUGACGUUGAAGAGAAGUUACUGAUUUACGAGUUCAUGGAAAACAAAAGUCUCGAUGCGUUUCUUUUUGACCAAGAGAAAAAACCCGAACUCAAUUGGCAACUGCGACUUGAUAUUAUAGACGGGAUUGCUCGAGGGCUUCUUUAUCUUCAUCAAGAUUCACGGUUUAAAAUCAUUCAUCGAGAUCUCAAAGCAAGUAACAUUUUGUUAGAUAAAAAAAUGAACCCCAAAAUAUCAGAUUUUGGUAUGGCACGGAUUUUCGGGAGCGAUCAAACCGAAGCAAAAACUAAGAAAGUUGUUGGAACAUACGGUUACAUGUCACCAGAAUACGCAAUGGAUGGCAAUUUCUCAACAAAGUCAGAUAUUUAUAGUUUCGGGGUUUUGGUUCUCGAGAUAGUAAGUGGUAAAAAGAACAGUGGAUCACUGUACACAAGUAACGAACUUAACCUCCUUGCACAUGCAUGGACGUUAUGGAAAGAAGGCAAGGCUUUGGAACUAGUGGAUGAAUCGGUUGAAGCCAAAUUUUUGGAAGACGAAGCACUGAGAUGCAUACAAAUAGGACUGUUAUGUGUUCAAGAACAAGCUAAAGAUAGGCCUUCUAUGUCAAAGGUGGUGUUGAUGUUAAACAGUGAAACUGCUAAACUGCCACAACCGAAAUAUCCUGGAUUUUUUAUUGGGAAAAAGUAUACUGAAACGGAGUCUUCAAGCAAACAAAAUGAUUCAGUGACUGUAAAUGAAGUCACAAUCACUGUGUUAGAUGUCAGGUAG